AGGACAAAACCGCUGGAAUUCUGGACAACAGAGCAUUAUGAGAGAAAAGCCCGAAGCGAUUCCAAGGCACGACCUUUCCUAAAAUGGCUACUAUCCAGUUUGACAUGCUCUCCUCCGGUCUACACAGAGUCUCUUCCUCUAUCCGCUCUUUCGCUUCAAUUCGUUCCCUACCACGCGCCACCGCUCACCGUCUUCUGUUUCCGCCGCCAUUGACCUCCUUCCUCGCUCUCAACGCUUUCUCCACCGACUCCAGCGAGGCCAUCAUCAAGCUCCCCGAUAAGCCUUCCAUUUGUACCGCCGACGAGCUCCAUUAUGUUUCAGUCUCUAAUUCCGAUUGGAGGCUUGCUCUCUGGCGUUAUCAUCCUUGUCCAGCGGCGCCUCCUAGGAAUCAUCCGUUGUUGCUGUUGUCGGGGGUGGGGACUAAUGCAAUAGGAUACGAUCUCUGCACCACUGAGUCAUCAUUUGCCCGUUACAUGUCUGGUCAGGGAUUUGAAACAUGGAUUCUUGAAGUGAGAGGUGCUGGGUUGAGUAUACAGGGCUCUAAUUCCAGAGAUAUUGAGCAGAGAGCCCUUGAAAAGUCUGAGAACAUGGAAACUGCUUCAGAAAGUGCAACCAACGCAGCCAUUCCUUCAGAACAAAAAUUGAAUAAUAUUCCAUAUGCAUUGCCUGAAUCUGAUAUAUCUACUUCUGAAAGAAAAGAACCUGAGAAUUGUGCUGUUGAUGGAGACUUAACUGGGUUAGCUACUGUUUGGGAUGAAUCAAAACUGGUAACAAGGUUGACAGAAACAUUUAUGCAAUUGUCAGAAAGAGUUUCUGGCUUUCUCAGUGAAAGCCAGUCCAGGGUCAUGUCUGCAAAAUUACUUGAUCAAAUAUCAAAACUCCUGGUAGAUUCUCCAUUUUUUGAACGAUUUGAUGAGAUUAGGGGGAAGCUUUCAACUUUGUUGGAAGCAAGGCAAAGCUCUGGUGUUACUAGCCAAAUAUCUGAUUUGAGUGAAAAGUUAGUAAACAUUAUUGAAGAAGGUCAACGAUCUCUUUCUCCUCGAUUUUUAAAUCUGCAAGAGCGCUUUACUUCAACAUUAGAAGAUUUUCAGAAGCAACUUGACUUGAUGGUGAAGUAUGAUUGGGACUUUGAUCAUUAUUUGGAAGAAGAUGUUCCUGCUGCGAUGGAAUACAUAUUGAAGGAAAGUAAGCCAAAAGAUGGAAAAUUGCUUGCAAUUGGACACUCUAUGGGAGGUAUCCUGCUUUAUGCAAUGCUCUCACGGUUUGGUUUUGAAGGAAAAGAACCUAGAUUGGCUGCAAUUGUUACGUUGGCAUCCUCUCUGGAUUACACAUCAUCUAAAUCAACUCUAAAGCUGCUUUUGCCCCUAGCAGAUCCUGCACAGGCUCUGAAUGUACCUGUUGUUCCCUUAGGAGCACUGUUGGCUGCAGCUUAUCCUCUUACAUAUCGCCCACCCUAUGUAUUGUCAUGGCUAAACUCUUUGAUUACUGCUGAGGACAUGAUGGAGCCUGAACUUUUGAAGAAGCUGAUCUUGAGCAACUUCUGUACCAUACCUGCUAAACUUAUCUUGCAGCUCACGACAGCAUUCCGAGACCAAGGAUUAUGUAACAGGGAUGGGACUUUCUUCUACAAAGAUCAUCUACACAAAAGCAAUGUCCCUGUCUUAGCAAUUGCUGGAGACCAGGAUCUUAUUUGCCCGCCUGAAGCUGUGGAAGAAACUGUUAAGCUGAUUCCUCAGCACCUGGUCACCUAUAAAGUAUUUGGUGAAGCUGAUGGUCCACAUUAUGCUCAUUAUGAUUUGGUUGGAGGGAGACUGGCAGUGAAGCAGGUGUAUCCCUGUAUUAUUGAAUUCCUAAAGAGUCAUGACAAGUGAUGUACAACAGGAUCAAUUUCAUGGAGUAUACAUUCUUCUUAGAUCAUGCUUGUUUUCCAAUUUCAAACAGGCAUGGGUUACGUUUCGCUUGCUGCACAUCACAUUAAAGUUUAUGUAACGUUUACUCGUGGGUCUUCUGAUGAUAAUGAUACUCACGAAUUUGUUCAGUUGGUUUAGGUGCUGGAAAGUUAAAAGCACCGUUCAGUCGUUCUGUACAUUGAAGGAUGAAGGUUUUACUUGUACAUUACUGGAUGUUGUAGCCAUAGCAGUAUAAGUAGGACUCUGAAUCACUAAGGGAUGUUGUCCCAUUUUGUUCUUAAUUUUUAUUACUUGUUAAUUAAUUAUUUUGUCUGUCCAAA